GGCGCAAUGAGAUUUUGUCCGCCCGCAGCCGCGUGGGCUCCUUGCUCAAUGUAGUAGCUCGCGCGCGCGGGGGGGGGCCGAGGCCGAGGCUUGCCAUCACCGCUGUGCAGAGAGGCGUCCGGCGGCCCCCUGCAAUGGCGGCGGCCGCCGCGGCCCGGCUUCUGGCCGUCGCGGCGGCGGUCUUCGGCAAGGUGGGCGCCGCCAGAGCGCCCAACCACCCGGCCGGGCGCGCGCCGACGGCAGAGCCGCAGCAGGCCGUCUCGAUGGCGCAGACCGAUGGCCAGGGAGGCGACGGUGCCGACGCCCUCUCCGGGCAGUUCUCCGCCACGGCGUCCCAGGC